AUGCUGAAGAAAUGUGAGGCUUUCCGGAAGAUUCUGGGACAGGCCCUCUCUGCCCCCUCGACUGAAGCGCUGUCCGAGGAGCCGGUGAGCGUGGCUGGCCGGAAGUGCAACACCAUCUACAAGGGCUUUGCCGAGUGCCUGAUCAGCCUUGGGGACAGCAUGGCUCAAAGUGUUCAGCAGCCGCAGGGUGACGACAGCGUCCAAGAGCAGCAGGAAUUGGACACCAUCUGCAAGUCCUGGGACGAUUUCCACGCUUGCGCCACCCAGGUCUUGUCCAGCUGCCCCGAGGAGACAGCCAACAUCUGGGAGUCGCUUCGGCAAGAGUCCCGGAAGAUCCAGUUCCAAGGGAACCUGCACGACCUCUGCAGCUCGCGCACCCAGCUGGCGGGCAACGGGCGGGCGUCGGAUGUGGAUGAAACCAACAAGGAGACCUUGCGGGGGACGGCCUGGCUUCUCCGGCCCGGCCUCGUGGGCUGCCUGACUCUUGUGGCUCUUGUGGUUUUGGUGCCCUUUGCCUAG